ACAAAUACAAAAGAUAAAAAUAAAUAAGCACUUGACAUGUGCUUAUUAUACACACAUACACUCUCCAUGCAAAAAAGAAAGAAAGAGAUCCUUUAAUUCUUCCGCAAACUUCUCUUACACUAACAAAGCAUCACUUUUUUCCAAAAAUAGAUGCGCCUUUGUCUCCUCUUUUCUUAUCUGAAGAGAAGCUUCGUCGUCUUCGGAUCUCGCAUUGUUUUUUCUUUCUUUCUUUCUUCGUUUUUAAGUUUAAUUCAGAUAAAAAGCUGACUCGAAGACACAUCCAGAGAAUUGAAGGGAAGUUAUUUGUUGGUUAUCAGAAGAGGCAUUAAAUGAAGACAAUGUCAGAAGACAACACAAGUGGAGUCAAAUCCUCAAAGGUUAUCGUAAAGGAGAGCUCUCAGGUCAAUUCAUCGUCAAGAAUCUAUUACUACGGCGGAGCCUCCGUGCCGUUUUUGUGGGAGACACGGCCUGGGACACCAAAGCACUCUCUUUACUCGGAAUCUUUUCGUCUUCCACCGUUAACGCCACCUCCGUCUUACUACUCCUCCUCUUCCUCCGGGAACAAACUGAGUAAAGCGAGAACGAAACAAACUCGAUUCGUGAAGACUCUGUUGUCACGUCACGUGUCACGUCAUUCGUUUUCUUGGUCGUCUACGUCUUCAUCUUCUUCCUCUUCGUAUUCUUCUUCAUCUCCUCCGUCUAAAUCAGAGCAUCGUCCCAAGAAAUGUUACCUUUCUUGCUCGAGAUCGUACGUUAAAGAAGACGACGAGGAAGAGAUUAGGUCGUCGUCGUCUCCGACGUCGACGUUGUGUUAUAAAAGAGGGCUUAGUUCAUCUAUGGGGAGUGUGAAGAGAGCUUUGUGUUCUGUUCUUAGUCGUAAAGAUCUUAGAUUGAUGUAACGGUUUUAUUACAAUGUUGUUCUUAUUUCGAUUGUUGUUAUUACGGAAAACAGGAUCUUGAGUUUGAAGAUUCGUUUUUGUGUUUUUGUAUGUUUUGGCUUUUGCCUCUUUGAACACAUAUAUUAGUGUUUGAUUGUGUUCAUUGUUCAGUGCUUUACGAAAACUUUUGUCAUGUUUAGAUUUAUCUUUCAUUGUUCA